AUGAACUCAGAUCCCACGUCCAAAAUUCAGGACUUCCUGAAACACAUCCUGGCCACGUUAGACUCAACGUUCAUUCAAAAUCCCAGUCUCUUCAACAAUGACAUCAACGUUUUCAAAGCGAGGAUCCUUCCCCAAUUAAAAGCACAAGCGGCAAUAGUCCUUAAUGGCACACCGUAUGGGUCUAGAACCCAAUUUCAGGACAUUUGGUUCAGCGUUCCUACAACUCAGCAUUCACUUUUAUCAUACGACGCCCAUCUGAUACCGGGUUCUGGAUCUUAUCUCAUUCAAGCUUCUCUAAAGAUCAGAUUUGAUGAAACUGGUGUCAGUAAGAGUGGAGAGUCCUGUAGUCUCUUACCUGAUGUGCCAGUCCCCAGAUUACCAUCAGCGUCCACCAGAAGUCAAUGGAGCCCAUGGUUUGGCUUGAGCUUAACCAUGGUGGUUGAUGAGACGAUAAAUACCAGCUUUGACAUCGAAUGCAUCAGUUCUUUCAAUUGGAGGAUUACCUAUAUUCCUGAAAAGUCAGUGUAUGAAUUCUAA